AUGGAGGGUUUAAAGAGAAAGAUAUUUGGCGUCUGCCUGAAAAAUGACUACGCAGAGGCCAGAAACGAGACCAAAGGAAUACACUAUAGUCUGAUAAAUAUGGACGCUUCUGAAGAAUUGGAAGAGCUACUCAGUUUGCUUUUAAGGAAGGGAGAAAUAAUUCGAAAUUUUGAGUUGUUAUUUCACAUCAUCAACUUUGCCGUCAAGAUUACGGAUUCAAAUCUUCCAAAUGAUAAUAUUUGGCGUUCCAUUUUGAAAUUGAGAUAUUCUUCUGAAAUCGAAGUAGAAGAGGAUUCUAAAGUACUAAAAUAUUUGAUCAAGACAGGCAUCUCAAUAGAGAGUCCUAUUAGUUGGAAAUGCUUAGCUGUCGUUAGCUGCAUCCUCGACUGUGUUCCUCGCUCCAAAAGGGUUAUAAGCAAGUUGAUUGAAAUGGAAUAUGCCAACUCAAUCGGCCAGCUAUUUGACAACAUACAAGAUCUGCAACAAGGUAAUUUUCUGGUAGAGAUACUUUCUAACUGUUUUGUCAAGAGUGCUCCAAAUGGUAAAAACGUCGAAAGAAUACCUCAAUUAUGGCCUACGAGGUCUAAGAACAAAUUAUUUUUUGAGAACAAAUUUUAUCCUUUUAGAAGUAGAAAUGGAAAUUCUCAGACCUGCCUAUUCCUUUGUAAUAAUUUUAUGUCAAGUUUGUCUUCCACGGGAAUUCUCAAGCAAGUCUCCUACAGUGGAUCCGAAGCAUUGAAAAACCUUCGCGUAUUCAAAAAAAGAGAAGAAUGUGGUAACAGUUUUUAUUUCAUUCAAUGCAUUUACAACAAACUUUAUCUUUGGUUAGAUGAAAAAGUUCUUCUUGAGUUCGAAAGGAAAAGUAUUAAAAUAAUUAAGAACUUAAAAAAUAAGAUUCAGAUUAAAUUAAAACAUCCCUUCCAUGAAUGUGCAAACACCACCGCCGAUGAUAUAGCAAUCCUAUUUAACAAGGUGAGAGGCUUUCAACUAGAGUUUGAAGACAAUAAAUCAGGCGAAGCAUUUUUCCACAAGGUUAAUAAUGUACCCAAAAUAAGUGAAGUGCAAAAAUUUUUGGUUUUGGAUUAUAUUGAAGAAGAGCCAGAGGAUGAAGAUGAAGAAGAAGAGAAUCUUGGAAGAGCUGGUUUACAGAGAGAAGGCGAAGAGGAAGAAUCUCUAGACGAACUAUCGACUUCCAUGUCAUUUCCAAUAAAGUCAUCCGUUCCUCAUAACCGAAACGAAAAGGUUCAGCUGGCCACUCCCGACCGGUCUAUAUCUAUAAGAUCAGAUGAAUGGGAUUUAAAGUCAAAUACAGAAGACGAAGGAAACGAUGUUGCCAUUCCUAAUCUCAAAAUCAAUACAAGUAAAGAAGGAAAAAAGGAAGAUGAUUUUGUUCAAAUUGAUUCAGAGGAACAGUCACCAAUAGUAUCCGCUCAGAUAAGGAAAAUGAGAAGAGAAUCCACAAAGACAUUAGAGAUCUUGAGGCAAGAUUUUGAGGAUAGGGAAGUAGAAAACCGCGAUGAUUCACCAGAGCAACUCCACUCGCCAUUUGUGAACCCCUCCUCUUUAAUUGUCGGUAAAUCAAGCAUUGUUGAACAUAGAGAGAAGCUCGAUUUUGCACACAAAGUAACUGAAACAACGAAGCUAAAAUCAAAUGGCUCCAUCAAGAAAAGGGAUAUUAAUGUUUUAGAUACCAUAUUUGGACUGCCUCCACCUAAGAGGCCAAAGCAAUCUAACAAAAAGGAUAACAAACAACAGAAAACAUUAACAAAUUUCAAGCCCAUUAUUGAUGUUCCUUCCCAAGACAAACGAAUUCUUAGAUCAAAUGCGCCAAGUAAGCCUAAAUCUAUAAAGAAAAGCAAGCUUCGUGUUUCUAAAAAGGCAGUAGACAAAAAAUCGACUGAGCCUGACACCGAAACUGGCAAACUUGAUAAGCUGCCUGCGAGCACAGAAGACGGUAAGACGGUAAUUGAAAUAGCCAAAAAGAAAGAUAGCGCCAUUAACGAGGAGCAUGAUAACCCUCAAGAAAAGGGUUCACCAGGUAUAAAUGAAAGUAAAGAAAUUACUCAAAACGACAGCAAAAUAACUCCUGAACCAAGAAUCAAUGACACAUUUCUCAAAUCAAGUGUAAUAGAAAAUCGCACCCCAGAAAGUAAAGAAUGUAACAUCACAAACAUUUUGGAAUCUACCACUGUUGUCGACUUAUUCUCGCCUCAUGAAUCAUCUGCUUCUGGCCAGAAUUCGUUUACAAAUAAGCUGCAAGAGCAAAUUUAUAAGUCAAUUAAUCACUUUUCGAACGAAUUAGUAAGAAAAAUCUCCAUAAUAAAUCAAGAGUUGAAUAUCAGAAUCUUGAAAGAGUUGUCUGAAAAAUACCAAAAAUUAUUCUCUGAAUUACAAGAUAGUUUCCAGAACGACACCAAUGAAAUGCUCAAAUUCGUGGGAGAAAUCAAAGGCAUGAUUAAUCUCCCCGAAGAACAGCUAAUACAUGCUAUUAGGACAAGGAAAUUCAAUGAUAAUGGCAAUAAAUAG